CAAGAAGAAGAACACAUGAUGGAUGACAAGAAGGUUGUUUUAGUCACUGGCUGUGCCAAAGGUGGCAUUGGUUACGAGUAUUGCAAGGCAUUUGCAGAGCAAAAUUGCCAUGUCUUUGGCUCCGACAUACCCCAACGCAUGCAGGACAUGUCAGACCUCUCAUCGGACAACAUCGAGACACUCGAGCUUGACGUCGCAUCUGAUGAAAGUGUAGCCUCAGCCGUGAACACUAUUUUAUCCAAGUGCGGACGCAUCGACAUUCUAAUCAACAAUGCUGGAAUCGGAAGCACCGGUCCUUUGGCUGAGCUUCCUCUUGAUACGAUUAGGAAAACUUGGGAAAUUAACACCUUGGGGCAGUUGAGAAUGGUGCAACAAGUCGUGCCUCACAUGGCUUUGCGACGCAGCGGGAGCAUUGUAAAUAUUGGGAGCGUCGUGGGAAAGAUACCAACUCCAUGGGCAGGAUCCUACUGUGCUAGCAAGGCAGCGGUGCACGCCAUGUCAAACACCUUGCGUGUGGAGUUAAGGCCAUUUGGCGUCAAUGUCGUGCUAGUACUGCCCGGGGCUGUGAGAUCAAACUUCGGAAGGGCUAACGUGCAGAAUUUGAAACAUAAUGAUUGGAAACUUUACAAGGACUUCAAGGAAGCCAUUGAAGAGAGAGCUAGGGCUUCACAGGUAGGUAAAGCCACAGAUGCUACAAUAUUUGCAAGGCAUGUGGUGAAGAAAGUUCUGGGUCCUAAACCACCAAAGCAAAUUGUAUUUGGGCACAUGACGGGUUUGUUUGCCAUCCUUUCAUGGUCUCCACUUUGGGUGAGAGAUCUCUUCUUUUCAACUCGUUUCAAUGUGAAAGCAAAGCUUUAA